AUGCUCCACGCCUUCUUGUCCAUAAUUGAGAGCAUAGCCAAAAGGCCCGUCCAGGCUCACAGCCGAAGCACCCAAGCAAAUGGCUUUGACCAUAUCCGAGCCCCGACGAAAGCCACCGUCAACAAGGACAUUCAGCUUGUCGAAUACUUGUGGGCAAUGUCGAUGGAGUUCCAACAAGAUGGUUAUUGCAAGGGGAGCAGUACUAGCAGCUCGACCACCAUGGUUGCUCACCACAAAACCAUCAAACCCGACUCUCAUGGCAAUGACAGCAUCUUCCAGUCGUUGAACUCCCUUGAACAAAAUAAGCUGCUUCGUACUACCUCUCAACCAAGCCAAUCUCUGUCUCAUGUGGCCAAAGUGCAAAAUGGCACCCUUGAAGCGGAAUCUUCAGCACUCACACUGGCAGUAAAUAGCGGAACCAAGCCGAUGGAUGUACACUGGGCUCAUUCUCACGAUUGA